AUGCAUAGCUUCCCCACCAGUUCACCGCCCUCAGCUCCACCGUUCACCAAACAGACACUAGAAAUUACACACUCAUAUAUCUCACCAUUCCUCUCCGCCCACGCCCUCAUCACCCCGCACAUCCACCGCACGCCCGUCCUCACCUCCACCACUCUCUCCGCCCUCGCCUCAACCCCCACCACACCCAUAACCCUCCUCUUCAAGGCCGAGAACCUGCAAAAGAUCGGUGCCUUCAAGAUCCGCGGCGCCACACACGCAAUCGCCCGCCUCUCCGACGAGCAGCUGAGGAAUGGCGUUGUGACGCAUAGCUCUGGCAACCACGCCCAAGCCCUCGCCCUCGCCGCCCGCACCGCCUCCCAAACCCGCGGCUUCCCCAUCCCCGCCUACAUCAUCAUGCCACACAUCUCCACGCCCAGCAAGAUCGCCGCAACCCGCUCCUACGGCGGCAUCCUCACCUUCAGCGGGCCGACCUCCACCGAGCGCGAAGCCGCCACCGCCGAGGUGCAGGCGCGCACGGGUGCCGCCUACAUCCCGCCGUACGACCACGGCGACAUCAUUCUCGGCCAAGGCACAAUGGCCCUCGAGCUCCAGGCGCAGGCAGCCGAGUUGGGUUACCCACUGGAUGCGAUCGUGGCGCCGUGCGGCGGCGGCGGGAUGCUGAGUGGUGUUGCGAUCGCGUGUGAGGGGACGGGAGUGCGUGUGUAUGGCGCGGAGCCGAGGGAGGGGGCGGACGAUGCGGCGCGGGGGCUGGAGGAGGGGAGGAGGGUGGAGAAGGUUGGGUUGGUGAAGGGGGUGUUUACGGUGGGAGAGGAGGAGAUAUUGGGUGCAAUGGGGCUGGUGGUGGAGAGGAUGAAGGUGUUGGUGGAGCCCAGUGGGGCGGUACCUGUUGCUGUUGUGUUGGGGGGAGAGGGGUGGAAGGAGGAGGUGGAGAGGUGGGCGGCUGAGGAGGGGGAGGAGGCCAGGGCGAGGAGGGGAGGGAGGGGGUAUAAUGUGGGUGUUGUGCUGAGCGGGGGGAAUACGACGAUUGAGAAGAUUGUCGAGCUGUUUGGGAAGAAGAAGGAGUAG